AUGGAGCGUCGCUACUACAAACGACUGCGGUUGCGACAUAGUCUGAUUUCCUUCUGCCACUUCUUUAUCUCUCUUUUCAUUGUCCUGGGCUGGCUCCAUACUAGCGUUUGCGAAGUCACCGUCCUUAUGAGUCGCCCACUGGGAGUCCAAUGCUCCUGUCGUUACCUCUCAGGCCGCUGGCGGCGUAGUCCUCUUAUUCCAACGUGUCGAAUUCGUACGGUCCACUUGGUGGAUCGCGUCACCAACGCUUCUGUCAACGCACACCUCUUUCUCGAACUGCGUUGUUCGUCCUCCUUGCCCUCUACCUCCACUGUCACUGAUGAGACAGCCACCGCAAUGCUAUGUCUGAAACCACUUUUCAGCGUUCCAACAAGUGCCUACGAUAGUGGGGAGGAGGAGGUGUCAUCACCCCCGCUCUGUUGUCUCCCUCUACAAUCUCUGAUUACCGUAUACCGGUUGAUGCAUGCAGUCUUAUUCUGCGAGACCGUCCCUUGCGCCUUUUAA